UGUGUGUCAUUAUAAAGUUGUAUUUGAGUGACUUUGCACAAAUUGUAACCAGAGGAUUCUGUUAUUUUCAGGCGAGAAAACCUGGCCAAGCUUCACCCGGAACAUCUGAUGGCAAUUCGUCCGUUAACGCUGCGCUGACGGCUACUGCAACGAGCGUUUUCAGCGGAUUCUCCUUCUGAAAACGUUUUCUGCCUCUUGUUGCCUCUCUACUCGACACAAACGGCACUUUUUGAAACAACCGUCCGGAAGGGGGAGACGGCGAAAGGAACUUAUUUCGAUAUUUGACAGUACUGACCCACUUUUCAUGCUCCAGCUAGCUGGGGGCGAAGGGGAAACUUUGCAUCGAGCAGGCGGCAACAACAAAUAGGGCUGUGGAGCGUUUAACAUUCAGGGCCAUUAAUCAAGUGACCUCCAGAUCUAAUUAGCUGCAUACAAAACAGCCACACACGUACGCAAACAGUUGCCCCUGGCUGCUGAGGUGGUCUGUUAGUAACUCGAGCUCUUACACUAGCCGGCCCCGGUCAGGUGUUAGAUCCCCGCCUGCACUCCAUCAUCCCUUUUGGACGACGCUGCUGACCUUGGCCGAGAACAGACAUGCUUGUUUGUGUUUGUUUGCAUUAGCGGAAGAUGGCGGCACGCCCCGUGUGCUAUGACUGAGAGUGACAGAGACACCUGAUGGUGGCUGCGUGGCUCUGAUAAACAGAGGGGGAAAGAAUUAGUGCCUGAGGCACGGACGCUCUAAUAAGAAAGGUGGCUGAGCAUCAUCAGACUUGAGUCACAUCCUCAAAUAAGUGGCACACAAAACUAGUCUCCGCUAAUUGAAAAGUGCACGUGUGCGUCUGUCUGACACGUUGUCUGAGCAGAUUAAAGUCAGACCUCCUGUGGGUCAUGUCGCUUUGACUUACUUAGAUUUGACAGCGACAAGUGGUCACCGGAAGAAAAUGUGACGCAGCAAAAAUAGCAACACCUUUAGUCGAAAGCAUCGCAUCGGUCUGCCCUGCCCGUCAAACAUAAAAGUUGCAUGCUGACUUCCUGAACACCCCCCCCCCCUCAUGAACGCCUUCCCCUUCUUCUCCACGCCUCAACCCAACACACCCACCAUCCAGUCGGUGUGUAAGCCCUGUCUGCGGGCCCCGUGGAGAAUGAACGAUGUGCCCACACUCGACUACGAGUCGCUGCUGUCCCCGGCCAGCUCCUCCCUACCCAGCGGCCCCGGCGGCGGCGGCAGCAGCUCGCCCCUGGCCCUGGUCGCCGUGGACACGGAGCAGCGUACCGCCUUGGCCUUCGUAGGCCUCCUCAUGCUCUUCCUGGUCUUCCUGCUGGUCAGAUGCUUCAGGAUCCUGCUGGACCCAUACAGCCGUAUGCCCGCGUCAUCUUGGACCGACCACAAGGACGGCAUAGAGAGGGGCCAGUUUGAUUAUGCACUGGUGUAAGAGGGACAGAUUUGGUGUUUAUUGCACACAGACUUUGUAGUUUUUCUCAGACACUGAUACAUGGUGUAAUGUUGUAAAUGCACUAGAGGAUGGGUAAACCUUUUUGUUGGUGUAAAUUCAAUGCUGCAGGACUCCAUAUCUCCAACAGAUGUUGUUCAGCACGGGGCUCACCUUGACGGGCAAACGAUUACAGUGCUUGGAAAUGGUAUUUUGUUUCCCCUCGCAAAUUGAACCUCUUUGUUUUUGUCACACUUAAAUGUUUCUGGUCAUCAAGCCAAUUCUAAGAUCAGGUAACCUGGAGAAAAAUACAAAAUAAACUGUU